GGACUUCCCUGGAUAAUGACUGACGGAAUGGGUGUGUGAACGAUGCCUCAGCGUGGACACGGAGCCAUGUGGUUCUCAUCAUGAAUCUGGGGACACAAGCAGCCGCGCAGCUUUAUUUUUCCACUUUAAACGGGAGUCAGCUGACGGACUGAGGGAUAUUUCCUCUGGCACAAAUUCACCGAUUAGGGUUUCCCGGCUCAGAUUGGCAGCAGGUGAGGCUUCAUAGGUGUCAAAAACCCGUGGCUCAGGAAAAAAAAGGCAAAUCUAUAAUAAGAAACCCUGAAAUGUCCCGCUAUGCCUUCCUUUGAGACUUGGAUUCCCCUGCUUCGCUUCGGUUCCCUUUUGCGCGCAGUACCCGGGGCGCGCCGAGUCUGACCCCCGCCGCCGCCGCGCGUAAUGCUGAAUGGACAGACGCUCCGCGGCCACCACGACCCGAUGCGACUCGUCGACCCUCGGCACCUCCCGCAGCUCAUGUCCCUGGAGGAGCAUGAGCCUGCGACCACGGUGGACGGAACCCUGGGAACCCUGGAGCCCCGCAACUCCACCCCGACGGGCGGGGAGGGCGCGCCGGGGCCGACGCAGCAGUCGUUCCCCUGGGCGGUCACCCUGCUGGCCGGCGUGCUCAUCACCACCAUCGUGGUGGACGUGGUGGGGAACCUGCUGGUCAUCGUGUCCGUGUUCAGGAACAGGAAACUCAGGAAAGCAGGAAAUGCCUUCGUGGUGAGCCUGGCCCUCGCCGACCUGGUGGUCGCCAUCUACCCGUACCCGCUGGUCCUGACCGCCAUCUUCCACGGCGGCUGGAUCGCCGGCUACAUCCACUGCCAGAUCAGCGGCUUCCUCAUGGGCCUCAGCGUCAUCGGCUCCAUCUUCAACAUCACCGGCAUCGCCAUCAACCGCUACUGCUACAUCUGCCACAACCUCAAGUACGACAAACUGUUCUCCGGCAGCAACACCAUGUGCUACGUCAUCCUGGUGUGGGCGCUCACCAUCCUCGCCAUCGUGCCCAACUGGUUCGUGGAGUCGCUGCAGUACGACCCGCGCGUUUACUCCUGCACGUUCGCGCAGUCGGUGAGCUCACUGUACACCAUCACGGUGGUGGUGGUGCACUUCAUCCUGCCCAUCGGCAUCGUCACGUACUGCUACCUGCGCAUCUGGAUCCUGGUGAUCCAGGUGAGGCGGAGGGUCAAGCCGGACUCGCGGCCCAAAAUCAAGCCGCACGAUUUACGCAACUUCCUCACCAUGUUCGUGGUGUUUGUGCUGUUCGCCGUGUGCUGGGCGCCGCUGAACCUGAUCGGGCUGGCCGUGGCUCUGGACUCCCGGCUGGCCCGGGCCAUCCCGGAGUGGCUGUUCACGGCCAGUUACUUCAUGGCGUAUUUCAACAGCUGCCUCAACGCCGUCAUCUACGGCGUCCUGAAUCACAACUUCAGGAAGGAGUACAAGAGGAUCGUCCUGAUCAUCUUCAAGUUCCACUGCUGAGA